AUGAGGGAUACUUGUGGGAGGUUCCAUAUUCUGGCAUUCAUGGACGAUUUCAAAUGCCACACCUCUUCGAAAAAGGGGCUGAAAACCUUGACCCAGGAAAUAGAACGGAGUGCAGCUGAACUGGGCCUCAAACUUAAUAGGGAGAAAUGUGGAAUGUACAGUAGAGUGACGGAACCAAUAGAAGAAGAAGAGACUCCCUUCUUACCAGCCGUGAGGAAUGGAUACAAGUAUCUGGGAAUUGAACAACUAGAGAGAGACAUCAACACCAAUUAUGAAACAGUGAAGGCCAAAGCUAUACAAACUACUGAACAGAUAUUUAAGUCUCCCUUAACAACACCACAGAAAGCACAACUGUUCAACAGCACUGUUAUUCCCAGUAUCAUUUACAUCAUGGGCAACUUGUAUCCUGACGAGAAGAGGGCAACUACUCUAAAAAAAUGCCGCGAUUUAGACAAAGAAGUGCGGAAGGUCCUUGUCAAAGAAAACAUCAAGGGGAAAACAACAUCUAACGACCACGUAUACCUUCCAACCAACAAGGGAGGUAUAGGCUUGAGAUCGAUUGAAUUAGAAACAGAAAUCCAGAUGGUAAGAAAGGGAAUUUAUUUAAGAUCACACCCAGAAAUGCAGGCAGCAUGUAAGAACUACGAGGCCUUGCAGAGAGGAGGAUGGAGAAACCCGCUAUCGGACCAUGACUUUGUUGUCUCCAAGUACAACUGCCCCGAUGUAGAGUACACGCAAGGGAAAAUUGCGAAGAACUGCAAAACCUUGAAGCAACACAUCGAGAACACCUUCUUCAAACAACAACAAGAAGAAUGGGCUAAAAAUAUGCACUACGGGAAGGUAUUCAUAAAAGAAAUGUCCAGUGUGGAGCUCCCAGCAUACUCUUCACCACUUAUGGACAGUUGGCGCUUCUCUCUCCUACAUAGUACAGCAGAGGAGCAGGUUCAUGGUCUGGGAGCAAUUCCGGGAAGAAGAAGAGAUUGCAGAAAGGGGUGCAGCCAACCAGAGACAGCAUAUCAUGUCAGUACUGCAUGCAUCCAGGAGGCUUACAAUGCCAGGCACGAUUUUGUGGUCCAUUGGGUCCUCAAAUCUUUGCUGACUAGCCUGGGGGCACCGGAAGAGAUACGGUUGCAGUUUGGUAAGGCCUCCCUGUGUGUCGACUUCCUUGGAAAGCGGAGAACAGAGAUAAGGGCAGGAGGUAAAAUACUAACAGAAAAGCGCCUCCACCAUAAUAAACCUCUGACAUCUUUAUACACCUCUACGAUCCUGAGGAAAUAA